AUGUCCGACGCCGAGCACGAAGUCGAAACCUUCGAGUCCGCCGAUGCCGGCGCCUCGCACACGGUGCCGAUGCAAGCGGGUUCCGUUCGUAAGGGCGGUUUCAUCGUUGUUAAGGGCCGACCGACCAAGGUUCUCGACGUCACGACGUCGAAGACGGGUAAGCACGGUCACGCCAAGUGCCACUUCUUUGCCUUGGACAUUUUCACGAAUAAGAAGGUCGAAGAACUCGUACCGUCUUCCCAUAACCUUGAAGUGCCGAUCGUGAACCGCGUGGAAUACACGCUCUUGGACAUCGAUGAGGACGACCACAUGUCUCUCAUGGCUGAAAACGGUGACACGCGCGAGGACUUGAAGCUCCCGAGUGGUCACGAUGAUGCGGACAAGUUAGCUGAACAAAUUCGUGUGGCGUUUGAUGAAGGCAAGGAAGUUGCGGUCACCAUCUUGUGCUCUAUGGGUAUCGAACAAGCUUCCGCCAUGAAGGAAAUUAACGCCGGCGCCUAA